CCAUUCCCAUCCCCAUCCGGCCAUCCCUAAUUCACCUCGCCUCGCCACGCCGUCGCCGCCGCCGCCGCACCAUGGCUGCCGGGUCCGCGUCGUCCACGCCCCUCUUAUCGCCCUGUGCCGCCGCCGCCGCCAAACUCGGGGCGGCGUGCCCGUCGUCGUACGGAUCCCGCCGCCGCGCGUGCACGCGCCGUGGGCGCCUCUCGGUGGUGGCCGUGCAGACGGGCCCGCAGAAGCCGUCGCCGUCGUCGUCCCAGGCGGGGACGGAGUCGGAGACGCUGCAGAACCUGCUGAAGCGGGAGUACAAGUAUGGGUUCGUGUCUGAUUUCGAGUCCUUCUCCAUCCCCAAGGGCCUCUCCGAGGCUACGGUCCGCCGCAUCUCGGAGCUCAAGUCGGAGCCGGCGUGGAUGCUCGACUUCCGCCUCGCCGCCUACCGCCGGUUCCUGACGAUGGUGCAGCCAACCUGGAGCGACAACGUGUACGAGCCGGUGGAUCUCCAGUCCAUUUGCUACUACUCCGCCCCCAAGACCAAGCCCAAGCUCAACAGCCUCGACGAGGUCGACCCGGAGCUUCUCAACACCUUCGAUCGCCUCGGCAUCCCGCUCAGCGAGCAGAAGCGUCUCGCCAACGUCGCCGUCGAUGCCGUCAUCGAUUCGACCUCCAUCGCCACCACCCAUCGGGAGGAGCUCAUGAAGAAAGGCGUCAUCUUUUGCUCCAUUUCCGAGGCCAUCCGCGAGUACCCGGACCUUGUUAAGCGCUAUCUGGGCAGCGUUGUGCCGCCUGGAGACAACUAUUAUGCCGCCCUCAAUUCAGCCGUGUUCAGCGAUGGGUCCUUCUGCUAUGUACCCAAGGAUACAGUUUGCCCCAUGGAGAUAUCGACGUAUUUCAGGAUCAACGACAAGGAGACCGGGCAAUUUGAGAGGACUCUAAUUGUGGCUGAUGCGAGGAGCACGGUUAGCUAUCUAGAAGGGUGUACUGCUCCAGCAUAUGACUCCAACCAGCUCCAUGCAGCAGUUGUGGAGCUUGUGUGCGAGGAGCAGGCAGAGAUUAAGUACUCUACGGUGCAGAAUUGGUACUCUGGUGAUGAGGAGGGAAAUGGGGGCAUUUACAAUUUUGUGACUAAGAGGGGACGGUGCAAAGGGCGAGCCUCUAAGAUCUCAUGGACACAGGUUGAGACAGGUUCAGCAAUUACAUGGAAGUACCCUAGUGUGGAGCUUUUGGGGGAUGAUACUGUUGGAGAGUUCUACUCGGUUGCACUGACAAAGGAUUGCCAGCAGGCAGACACAGGGACAAAAAUGAUCCAUAAGGGAAAGAAUUCAAGGAGUCGUAUUAUAUCCAAAGGCAUCUCGGCUGGGAAGUCACGUAACUGCUACCGUGGGCUGGUCCAGAUAAACUCAGGUGCAGAAAAUGCUUAUAAUUCUUCACAAUGUGAUUCAUUGCUGAUUGGGGAUAACGCUGCUGCCAACACCUAUCCAACAAUUCAGGUGGGUUGCUUGUCUGGUCGUGUUGAGCAUGAGGCAAGUACUUCAAAAAUUGGGGAGGACCAGCUAUUUUAUUUCCAACAAAGGGGAAUAGACCAUGAAAAGGCUGUUGCAGCCAUGAUCGGUGGAUUCUGUAGGGCUGUUUUCGAGAAUCUUCCUUAUGAGUUUGCACAUGAGAUGGAUGCACUUAUGAACCUGAAGCUUGAGGGAUCAGUUGGUUAAUUAGAUGGAUAAAAAUGUCUCUGCAGUACAGCACGACAAUUAUUUAGAAGUCCUGUGUACAGAAGUAUGAGAAGAAUAAAUUGCAAGAGCAAUGGACGUUUUCCUAGCCUUGUCUAUCACUAGUGAUCUCCGUCCUCGACAACAAAGAGAAUUCUGUCACUUAUCUGAUGUUUAUCACUUUUUGUUUCUGAUUCUUCUGCUGUAAACAAAACCUUGUUAGAAUGCCUAGCUACACAAGAAAUGUCCUCAAAAACUACAAAAAGAAAUUGAAACUGCCUCGUUAGCUUAUUUGCGUUGUA